AUGAAGAUAACCCAGCUCUAUAUCUAUCCCAUAAAAUCCCUCCGCCCCACCGCACUUGUCCGGUCCCGCGUCACUCGCCAUGGCCUGGCCUAUGACCGCCACUUCAUGCUGCUCAGAGUCCAGCCUGACAAAAGCCUGAAAAACAUGCAGGUCUGCAACAUCCAGCAAAUGGCCCUGUUCUCCACAGAUGUGGUAUUCCCCGGCGAGUCUGUGGAUGGAGUCGCCACGGAGGAAGGCAAGAUCUUGGUCAGAUAUCAAGCGCCCAUGGGGCAUCCUGACCGGGAUGCUAUCAAGGAGUUGGAGAUUCCCCUAGAGCCGACAGACCUCCAGGGCCUAAGGGUCCUGGAGGUCGAUAUGUACAACAGCAGGACUCAAGCUUACGAGAUGGACAAGAAAUAUUCGGACUGGUUCUCUGAGUGGUUUGGGUUCGAGGUUUUGUUGGUGUAUCUGGGCGGGAACCGGAGGCCUGUACUAGGUAAUGUACCUCCCAACGCUGCGACGAAGAGAGCAGUAGCAGGUGCAUCUCAGCCUGCCUCGAAGAAUGCAGGCGGUGGCUGGAUAUCGAAUAUCGCCAAGUCUCUGUUGUAUCUCGGAAGCGCCACUCCCUUUGCAAAAAGGGAGGGUGACGAAACCGACGAGUGGAUCACCUUCGCAGAUAUGGCGCCGUACCUCGUCGUUUCGGAAACAUCUCUGGAGGAAGUAUCCGACCGGCUUCCCGAGGGCGAUACGAUGGACGUGACCAAAUUCCGCCCAAAUAUCGUCAUAUCCGGCGCCGAGGAGGCGUACGAGGAGGACUUCUGGGGGGAGAUCACAGUCCAGGCUGAUGUCAAUCUCAUCCUAACAGCCAACUGUGGGAGGUGUGUUAGUAUCAACGUCGACUAUGACACCGGCGCACCGGGCAGCGGCGAGGCGGGAACCAUGCUUAAGAAAUUGAUGAAAGAUCGUCGAGUUGAUAAGGGGCAUAAAUAUAGCCCUGUCUUUGGGAGGUACGGGUUUAUAGACAAGGGAGCUGAUGGUUCGCAUAUAGAAGUGGGCGAUGAGGUGGUUGUGUCACGGAGGAACAAGGAGCGGACGACUUUUUGUGUUGAUGCAUUGCUUUUCUUUUUCAACCAGGAGACAUGGCGCACUGACCUAUAUGCUCUCUUCAACAUUUCAACAACCCAACCAACACUGGCACUCCGUCAAAGGAAGAGCUGA